AUGGCUAAGGUGUGUCCUCAAGCUUCCCAAGUUCUCUCUAUCCCUCCCUACAUGAGUGGCUCUUCAAAGAGAGAAACAUAUACCAUUUGGAUGAAAUCACUUGUGUGCCAUACCAAUGGUUGCACGAUCUAUAAUUCCAAGGGUGACGUGGUUUAUCGAGUGGACAACUACGACAAAAAGUGUAGCAACGAAGUUCAUCUCAUGGAUCUCCAAGGCAAAGUUCUUUAUACCAUACGUAAAAAGAAGUUGCAAGCUUUUGAACGAUGGGAUGGCUAUAGAUUGAGCGCCCCUUCUAAAGUGGAGAAGGAGAAGCCUUGGUUUCAAGUGACAAGAUAUAGUAGAAUGUUUAUGGGAAGCAUAGCUUGUCAAAUUACAGUAGAUUGUGACAAGUACUGGAUAGUGAGAUUGGCAGGCAAGAGUACUGUAAGAUUUAGAAUUGUUGACGUUAAUGGAGAUAUUGUUGCAGAGGCAAAGCAGAAGGUAUCAUCUUCUGGGGUAGUUCUGGGGAGUGAUGUAUUAACUCUGGAGGUGGUGCCUCAUAUGGAGCAUGCCCUUAUAAUGGCUAUAAUAGCUGUGUAUGGAUUGCUUUGUCGCAAAAUGUAA